AUGACGGGUGUCGGAUACGCUGGCUCAGGCGGUCAACAACCAAUAGCACGAAAUCAAGCCCCUCAGAAGCCGUUGUACAACAAGGAGAGACCUGAUGAACACGCGAAAUACCUCAAGAAACAUCAGCAUGAUGAACAGGCCACAACUACACCACUUAGCCUCGUGGUUGGCCCAUCCGCUCCUGUUGGAGAUCAUUUUUCGGACUCACAACCAGCCGACGUGCAGCAUGGCAAGGCUUCCCAUAAUCACCACAGUGGUAGCCACUUUCACAGUCUUCAAGCCCCAGUGCAGCGUCCAGACCAUAUUGUUCCCAUAGUGGGCCCGCAUUAG